AUGCUGCUCACUCCGGACAUCCUGUUCAACGUUGCCUCCAGCACCGCAGUCGUCUUCGCUGGCUAUCUAUUUGUAACGCUUUACAUCGUUCCAAUCUUCUCCACCAAAGGCAGAUGGCUCGACUCGCAGCCAUGGGUUGGUGUGCAGAAGCAAUCGUUUCCACGGUUCCGUGCGGGAUUGRCCACUCUGAUGGGCACUCCGUCGAUGGUAGUUGAAGGAUAUGAAAAGUUCUCAAGAACAGGCAAGACUUGGAUCUUGCCGCACUUACUCUCUGAUCCCGUUGUGAUGCUCCCCGCAGAAAAGAUGCAAGAAAUCCUGCACUUUCCCGACGAGCAGCUCGAUCACCAUGGGCCGGGUAAUCUUGUUACGCAGCCGGAUUAUACGUAUGGCCAUGACGUUACUGACGGCCCCCACAUUGAUUUGAUUCGAAGACAACUCACUCGGCGCCUCCCUUUGCUUACUGAGGACAUCCACGAAGAGAUAGAGCUGGGUUUGGAUCAGGGAUGGACUCCUAAGCGGGACGAAUGGACAACGGUCAAGGUGUUCAGUUCGGUCGUGGACGUUGUAAGCCGAGCUGCGAAUAGGGUCUUCAGCGGAACGCAGCUCUGUCGCAAUCCGGACUUCCUCGAAGCAAGUCGGAAAUACUCCUUGAAAAUCUUCGAAACCGGCUUCAAGCUAAAGCUCUUUCCCUUGUGGAUGCAUCCCAUCGCGGGACGCAUAAUAGCUUGGCCGGUGCAGAGGAAUUUGGCAAUCGCUAAGCGAAUUUGUGUUCCAAUAAUCGCGGAGAGGCUACGGAACAUGCAGGAUCCAGUGCUGGCGAAGACCUAUCAAGCACCAACCGACGCCUUGCAAUGGUUGCUAGAAGAACUUUUGAUGCAGAUCAACAUGGUGGCCAUUCACACUACUAGCACCACCCUCACCGACACUCUCUUGGACUUGUAUAGUCACCCCGACGCAGACAUGUAUGUCGAGGGGCUGAGGGCAGAAUGCGACACCAUCUCCGCAGAGUACAACGGCAAGUGGUGCAAGGAAGCCGUCAACAAGCUCAUUCGUGUUGAUUCUUGUAUUCGCGAAACGAUGCGCAUGAGAGCUACACAGCUUGGCAUCAGACGCGAUGUCAUCAAACCCGGCGGCAUCACUCUGAAAGAUGGUACACAUCUCCCCUAUGGAGUCCACAUCGGUUUCGCCAGCCACGCGAUCCACAGAGAUCCCGCCUUCUAUCCCGACAAUCCCAAGAACUGGGAUGGCUUCCGCUUCUCCGCGCCUCGUGAACGAGAACCACCGGUCGGCCUGACCAAGAUUCUGGAGCAGAAGAACCAGAGUCUGACGGCUGUUGGUCCUGAUUAUCUGACAUUCGGGUAUGGAAGACAUGCGUGUCCUGGACGAUUCUUUGCCAGUCAGGAGAUGAAGUUGAUGCUGGCGCAUAUUGUUAUGAAGUAUGACGUGAGGGUUGUUGGGGGAAAGAGGCCUGAGAGUCUUUUUAUUGCUGAGUUUCAGAUGCCGUCUGAGAGUGCGGAGAUUCAAAUUAAGUUGCGGGAGAGGUGA